CAAAUAUUGAUUAGGCAAGCUUGAUGUAACCACGUGGUACAAAUGAUACGGACUAUCAUAAAUAUAAACUCCAACGGAGAGGUAACAUCAAUAUAGCCGAUUACUUGUUUACGGGUGUUUAAGCAGUUGAAUUUCAUCCUUCAGAAAGAAUGGCUGUUUGGCAAUCUACGUCUGGCGGGAAUAUACCCGCGAACGCCGUGCGGGCCGGAUUCGAGGAGAACGGGCAGCCGCUGUUUAUUGCCCGGGCUGUUAUGGAAGACGGACAAAUGACGCCUGGCAAGACGGGUGCCAAUCUUCCAGGCGCCCACAUCCCUUGGGGUGGGAAGGAGGUGAUUGUCGAAAACUACGAAAUUCUCGUCCAACCACCAGACUCGGUCGGACAUUACGAAUGGAGAAAGUGUUCCGGUGGUCAAGUGCCUGAUGGCGCGUUGGCAACGGAAUCAGAAUUGUACGUUGGCCGGUGCGCCCACGAAGGUGGCCUGGUACCCUGUAAGGUAUACACGCCUCACGGCUGCGCCUACAUCCCUUACGGAGGAGAGGAACGGAACUGCCCAGACUAUGAGGUUUUCUGUCGCGUUAAGUAGUUUUCUUGUGUAUCAUAUUAAACUCAGUGUGUAUGUGUUGUAACUUUAAUCAUGGGCUUGACAUAUAUACAGUGAUAAAGACUAGCGAAAGAAUUUCUUUGCAUUAUUUUAUCGACAAUUGUAAUUUGAUGAAUAAUAACAUAUUCAAAUUAAUAUUUGCCUUGUGAAAGAAAAAAACAACAAGCGUUCGCUUAUCCAAUUACCAUUGAAAUGGAUUGUUCUGUCUUGAUUAAAGCUAUUUCACCAAACAAAAUCAAUGUUUAUUUAAAUAUUUUGUCAUUAAUAACCGCGUUUGAGUUGGUAUCUACAGCAUGAUGUAUCAGUGGCGGUGACAAAAACUCUGUUUUAUCUCUUGGAAAAGGCUGAAUCAUGGACGACUGGCGAUUGGCUGACCUUUUGUGAUUAUGUGAUUUACCUCGUGAAUGAUAACUUCAGAUUGCACUGAUUUGAUGUUCAAACUUCAAAGUUAUGGCCAUGAGAAAAUUCAUGUUUUCAUGAAACACCCAUGUACGACCAAAUAACGGUAAAUUCCUUUUCAAUGUACCAUAAUGCAAACAUGAUAAAAUAAACAGAAUGCCUUUGAUACUUUAAACAUUUGCAAAUGUAUUAGCAUAUCACAAACAGAUAAAUUAUUACAAUGUCAAACGUAUGUGAUUAAGGCGAGGCUGUCGAAUCAAAAUUUAGAGCAAGCAUGGAAAUUAAAAUGUCAUCAAAAUUG